UUUGGUGAGAGAGGCUGUACAGACAGUAGAAACAGUGAAUACUGUGACAAACUAGUGCAGGAUGGCUUUGGCACUGGAUUUUACUGUUAGGAAUAAAACCAACGAUCACAGCAAUUCAGGAUAAGGAAAAAAGCCUACAGUGUGCUUCUUCGCUACAGAACAUUACAUCAUGUCUAAUUCAUUUAACACAACCAGCCUGUGCGAUCCCUCGGACAGGAUAUGCGUGGCACAGCUGUAUGAACAGGAAGUCAUAGUAGUUCCCGUUUUGCUGCUGGCAAUUUUCCUGGGCACACUUCUAACUUUGUGUUUUCUGCGCCUCUGUUCUAAGAAAGAGGUCGAUGCAGUCACAACACACCACACACACAGUCACCAUCAUACACACAGACACCACACAGACAAUGAACUUAAUGCACAAAGACACAGCACAAACAGUCGGCAUCACGCACAUCGACAGCACCGACACAGCAGGCAGCACUUGCAGGGCAUUGACGCCCCUCCAGCGCUAAAUCCGUUGGAGUAUGAGGUGGUACCUAUGACACCCCAAACACAAAACAGCAAGCCCAGCAGCCAGCUUGCAGCACCGCCGCUGUCCACUGAGAGGCAGCAUGAAUCCUUUCAGCUGAUCACCCCACUGCCGCUCUCCUUCGCAAUGAAACAAGACAAUGAUGUCACACUGUACAGAGCCACUAUGGACCGGAAGGCUGUCGUCUUACGAGUGCUCAAAGAAACAGCCAAUGACAGAGAGCAGCAAAACUUCCUUGGCUUUGCCCACUUCCUGUCCGAAUUAGGGCCCCAUGCAUGCCUGCCAGCUAUGUUGGGAGUGGUGACAGUAAGAUCACCACUUAUCAUGGUGCUUGAGGAACUGGAAAACCGAGACCUGCUAGGCUUCUUAUGGAGAUGCAGACAGGACCACCAAGGUGUGGGAAAACCAUGUGACCUGACGGAGAAAAGGAUUUUCACAAUGGCAGGACAGAUUGCCAGUGCUCUGGAGUAUUUGCACAGCAAGAACUGCAUCCAUGGCAACAUUGGGGCACGAAGUGUCCUGGUUGGUCAAGACCUUUCAGUGAAGCUGUGGGGUUUUGGCCCAGCUUACCAUAGGAGGACGGAGGAGAGCUCUGCAGGAAAAGAAAUGGAGAUGAGGAAGUGGCAAGCUCCAGAGGUGUUAGCCCGUCGACCUUUCAGUUACAGCAGUGAUAUAUGGUCGUUUGGCAUCUUGCUAUAUGAAAUGGUGACUUUAGGAGAGCCUCCAUUCCCUAGAAUUAUGGCCAGUGAACUCCUGCAGUACCUCCAGAGAGGAAACACUUUAAAGAGACCAGCUAACUGCUCCAACUCACUAUACUCCAUAAUGAAGGAAUGUUGCCAGUGGAGACCACAAGAUCGAGCCUCACUGGCUGAAGUGACUUCAAAGCUCUGGCUGGGUGAGAGAAGUGCUAAUGACACAGCGGUGCUCAGAGUGCCUGAACCACUGAACAUUGAGAAAUACAUGCGGGAAGCAGGCUAUGGAGAGGCUUACAACUUUGCUGUCCUCUAAUAGGCUCCUGGGAUAUACUGCUCAUUUAAAUGGAUUACAUUUGCACAUGGUCAGCUGCCUCAGUAUGUUCUACUGAAAAUCUACCUGCUGCAAGACAAAUGCACAGCAGAGACAUUCUUGAACGCCUCAGCCUCUGAAUAUAAGACAUCAAUAAAGCAGCACUUGUUCAUGA